AUGGCAGCGGAAAACAAUGCCAACGAGGAUGUGGGAGUCGACGUUCAGUCUCUGGCUCUGAAUGCCAAUUGCCCCUAUCCAAUCAUGCCGUCAGUCCUUUUCCAAGUAAACUCGGAUAAAGAUUUGGAGCAGUUAGUAAAGCUCGGUGGCGCAGCUGGGCUAGCGGAAGCACUGUGCACGGACUUGCACCAUGGGCUGACGGAACAAGACGACAAGACCGGUGUAAACGCUCAUCGGGCAGAGAAGCCCCCACCUUCCUUCUUGUCCAUGUUGCUCGAGGCGUCCAAGGACCCCAUGAUUAUCAUUCUGCUUGUUGUGGCUCUGGUAACCAUCGUCCUGGGUGCCGCGGUUCCGGAGCAACGAGCCCACGACGGUUGGUCAGAGGGCCUUGCCGUUCUCGGUACGGCACUCAUCGUCAUCUUCAUCGGUGCUGGACAGGACUAUUCGAAAGAGCUUCAGUUUCAGAAACUCAACAAGCUGAAGGACAACAUAGACGUCAAGGUCACCCGCAGUGGACGUCAAGUGCUGAUCCCCAACACGGACGUCGUCGUGGGCGACAUCCUGUUUCUGGACACUGGCGACAAAGUCAUUGCGGACGGCAUCGUGAUUGACUCCCAGGGCCUAGUCCUGGACGAGGCAUCGCUAACUGGCGAGAGCGACCCCAUCAAGAAGGACCCUUUGAAUGACCCGUGGGUCAGGUCUGGCACGACGGUCAACGAGGGCAGUGGACACGUGCUUAUCGUGGCGGUGGGACCCCACAGCGAGUGGGGUAAGACCAUGGCGCUGGUCUCUGAGGCAGGAGAUGACCAGACUCCGCUGCAGGAGCAACUGACGGACGUGGCCGCCAAGGUGUCGAAGAUGGGUGUGUUGGUGGCGGUGGUGUGCUUCUUGGCACUCCUUAUCAAGUGGCUCAUAGUGCACAAGGGGGGCGACGUGAAGAAGAUCAACGACAACGGUCCGUUGCAGUUCCUGUUGUACGCCAUCACCAUCACUGUGGUGUCCAUUCCGGAGGGUCUCCCGCUGGCAGUCACCCUCACGCUGGCCUACUCGAUGAAAAAGAUGAUGCGCGAUAAGAACUUCGUGCGCGUGCUAUCGGCUUGCGAGACUAUGGGCGGCGCCACCGCCAUUUGUUCGGACAAGACCGGUACCCUGACUGAGAAUCGCAUGACGGUGGUGGAGGGCUGGUUCGCGGGGACCUCCUUUGAAUCGGUGCCGCCGCCAGAGCAGCUGAGUCCAACGCUGCUGUCGCUGCUGAAAUACAACUGUGCGCUGAACAAUAAGGCUUUCCUGGUCGAUCAGGACAAUGGAACCAUUGAUUUCGUGGGCAACCGAACUGAGUGCGCCUUGCUGGUGUUGCUGCGCAAGCUGGGCUUUGAUUACAAACAGAUCCGUGAGGAGCGCGAACAAGACCAGAUCAAGAACAAGCCCAUGACUGCGGAGCGAUACGGAUCCAGCUUCCCUUACAUGCCUGUGUACCUGGACGAAAUGAAGUCGUUUAACUGUCGUUCUCAGGCGUUAUCAUUUGUCACCAGAGUUCACAAACAUGCGCACAUAAAUACACCAGACACAAAUGGUACAAGUACGUGGUCGCAGAUGUACGGCUUUUCCUCGGCGCGCAAGAUGGCGAGCGUGCUGGUGCGGGAGCCCAGCGGCAAUCUGCGGCUGUACAACAAGGGUGCUGCGGAGUGGGUGCUACGCCGCUGCUCCGCGAUGCUGCAGCCGGACGGCUCCACGAUCCCCAUGGACAAGGUCAUUCUAGAGGAGAUGAAUUCACUGGUCACCGCCAUGGCAAUGCGGGGUCUCCGGUGCAUCUGCCUCAGCUACCGUGAUUACCCCGCCAACGACCUGGUGCGCACUCCAGACUUCUUCGAAGACGCUGACCAGGUCGACAACGGCCUCAUCGCAUGCGCUAUUGUGGGCAUUAAGGAUCCGGUCCGUGCGGAGGUGCCAGACGCGGUGCGGACCUGCCAGGCUGCCGGUAUCGUCGUGCGCAUGGUCACAGGUGACAACAUCCACACUGCCCGGCACAUUGCCCGCGAGUGCGGUAUCUUGGUGGACGAUGGCAUCGCGAUGGAGGGCCCCGCCUUCCGGAAUAUGCCGGCUGGGGAGCUGGUGCCACUGCUGCCAAAGCUGCGGGUGUUGGCUCGUUCCUCCCCGGAGGACAAGCUCACCUUGGUGUCCCUGCUGAAGAAACAGGGUGAGGUGGUGGCGGUGACGGGCGACGGCACCAACGACGCGCCCGCGCUCAAGGAGAGCGACGUGGGGCUCGCCAUGGGCAUUGCCGGUACGGAAGUCGCCAAGGAGGCUGCGGACAUCAUCAUUCUGGACGACAACUUCUCAUCCAUCGUCAAGUCGGUGCUGUGGGGCCGAUGUGUGUACAUGAACAUCCGCAAAUUCCUGGUGUUCCAGCUGUCCAUCAACUUGGUGGCCAUGAUCUCGGCCGCUGUCGGUGCCCUGUACGGCGGUGUACCGCCUCUCAACGUGCUCCAGCUGCUGUGGGUCAACAUGAUCAUGGACACUCUUGCGGCGCUAGCCCUGGCGACGGAGGACCCCUACCCGGAGCUGCUGCAGGAUACGCCCCACGGCCGUACCGAGCCCAUUAUCACGGGCCUUAUGUACAUGCAUAUCGUGGCGGCUGCGCUGUACAAGCUGUUCUGGCUGUUCGCCUGCUUGUACGGCUUACCCCGUGUCAUCGACCGUUACUCUGUGCUCGGAAAGGAUGAGUACUACCAGGACAAGUGCGACGACGUCCUCAAGGAUAAGGGCUUUAACGCCACUAUGCAAGAGCAGUUGUGCCCGAUCAUGGCGUACUGUGGCUGGCCUCGGGGCGGCAUGGAGCGCCAAACCGAGUGGUGUCCCCUCUCCAAACCGGUACCUAACGACCAACUGAUCGCAGUUUGCGGCAACUCGACGAACUGCGCCAAGAAUCAGGAGUUAAUCCGCGCCCAGACCGCCAUGGACGACGAGUGGGACCGGGAGCUGCUCAAGAGCUACAAGCCCGCGCUGUCGGUGCUGUUCAACGCCUUCAUUCUGGCGCAGGUCGCCAACGCGUUCGUGUCCCGCCGGAUCGGUCUCGAGCUCAACUUCUUUAAGGGCCUACCACGUUCGUACAUCUUCAACGUCAUCAUGGUGCUCAUUACGGCUCUUCAGGUGGUCAUCAUGCAGACCCCCAUCUCGUUCGUGUUUAAGGUGAAACCUCUCAACGGCGCAGAAUGGGGUGCUUGCAUCGCCAUCGGCAUCGGCGCGAUUCCGUAUUCGUGGGCAGUAAGGCUGCUCGCGCAAGCCGUACUGCCCAUGGCAGGCAGCUCCUCCAACUGGCUCGCUGGACUGCGGGGCAGCCGCGCCUCCAACAUCACCGCCUCCGGCGCUGCGCCCAUGCGACAGGCCGCCGCCGCCACACAUCGUCGCACACUCUCUGGCCGUACCGCAUCCGGCGCAACCGCUGCCAGCGGCGCCGUCGCCGGCGGUGCGGGCAGCAAGACCCUCUCAGGCCGCACCAUUUCCGGACCGAACGGCGGCACGCAGGUGCUGCAAUUCAACCCUGCAAAGACGCUAUCGGGCAAUCCAGCCAAGACCAUGUCCGGCAACCCCGUUACACGGACGCCGUCAUGGGUGGCGGCGGAGGCAGCGGCGAACGCACCUUAUACCCGACCUUCAUCUGCUGCCAGCGCCAAGGUAGUUCCUGAGCCGAGUGUUACAUCGUCUAAACCUGGGUCGCCUGUGGCACCUGUGGCGUGGGCGGGGCAGCCUUAAAUGAUUUAAGGACUGGCUCUUAUGGGCCCGUACUUGGCUUACGUGUUUGAUAGAAGUGAUC